ACGUACUUCCUUUAAGUAUUGGCUUCGGGGAAACAACAUCGAAACGACCCCAGCCUCUAGCGAAAAACACAAAAUAUUCUCCGUCUUUACCAACCGUUACCACCUGUGACGUAUUCCCCGUAACACGUAACUCCUUAAACGCAAAAUGCCCCAGAACGAGCACAUUGAGUUACAUCGCAAGCGGCAUGGCUACCGCCUUGACCACCAUGAAAAGAAAAGGAAGAAGGAGAGCCGUGAGGCUCAUGAGCGGUCCCACAAAGCCAGGAAGCUGAUUGGGUUGAAGGCCAAACUGUACCACAAACAGAGACAUGCAGAGAAGAUUCAGAUGAAGAAGACCAUCAAAAUGCAUGAACAGAGAAGGACCAAGCAGAAGAACGAUGAUAAGACCCCAGAGGGAGCAGUGCCAGCCUACCUGUUGGACAGAGAGGGACAGUCCCGUGCUAAGGUCCUCUCCAACAUGAUCAAACAGAAGAGGAAAGAAAAGGCUGGUAAAUGGGAGGUGCCCCUGCCAAAGGUGCGCGCCCAGGGAGAGACGGAGGUGCUCAAAGUCAUCAAAACUGGAAAGAGACAAAAGAAAGCCUGGAAGAGAAUGGUCACCAAAGUUUGCUUUGUUGGCGAUGGCUUCACCCGUAAACCUCCCAAAUAUGAACGUUUCAUCAGACCCAUGGGUUUGCGUUUUAAGAAGGCUCAUGUCACACAUCCAGAGCUGAAGGCCACGUUCUGCCUUCCCAUCCUGGGAGUGAAGAAGAACCCCUCCUCACCCCUCUACACCUCUCUGGGAGUCAUCAAUAAAGGAACAGUCGUUGAGGUCAAUGUCAGCGAGCUGGGCUUGGUUACACAAGGAGGAAAGGUUGUCUGGGGUAAAUAUGCCCAAGUGACAAAUAACCCAGAGAACGAUGGCUGCAUUAAUGCAGUCCUGCUGGUAUAAGACUCUUGACCUUUAUACAGACCGUGCCUGGUAACUCAGAAUUUACUCGAGGAGCGUUUAUUACAACAAAGAACACAAAGAUGUGACGAGUGAUGGGCUUCAAAUCACGGGAUUGUCAGGAAGAUCGCUGAUGCUGCAAUCGGCAACACAACAGUUUUUCUAACAGAAAAAGUAAAAGGGUGAUUACGGUGUUAAAUGUGAUAUAAACUUGAUAUGACACCAGA